UCCUUUUAUAAGAACAUUAAAAAGACUCCAUCUAAUUUCAAGUCAGCCAUGGACAUAUUCUAUCUUUUCAUCCUUUUGUCAUCAAAUCUCUUAACCUUAUUCAUCUCCACCACUUUCUACUCCCCUAAUUGUUCCCUAAUCCCACCACCGGUGAUCAAUCCUUCCACCAUUCAACCGCCAUCCGACCACCACCUCCCACCAGAAUUCCUUGCCUUCACCUCACCAAAACACCUCCCAUUUGGAAUGAACUCAAAUUUCGAUUCAGACAAAAUAUACCCUCCGGUGGGCAGCCCGUGUACCCUUUUUCACGAACUUAAAAACUACAUGAGCUACCCGGUCAACGGGUCCUGCCCGAAUGAUGAACUUUUAGCACAAAAGCUUCUCCUCAAAGGCUGCGAGCCGCUCCCCCGCCGCCGCUGCCGCCCAUCAUCACCACCAGACUACACUGAACCCUACCCGAUUCCCAAAAGCUUCUGGUCAACACCACCCGAUUCAUCAGUCAUUUGGACAGCAUACACAUGCAAGAACUACUCAUGCCUUAUAAACCGGUCCCACAACCAAAAACAUUUUGAUGACUGUAAAGACUGUUUUGACCUUGAGGGUAGAGAGAAAACAAGGUGGGUGAUCAAGGGUAAAACCGGAACCGAUUUUGCGAUAGACGAAGUGUUAGCGAUGAAGAAACACGGAACGAUUCGAAUUGGGCUUGAUAUCGGAGGUGGUGUGGGGACGUUUGCAGUUAGAAUGAUGGAAAAGAAUAUAACAAUAAUAACAACUUCAAUGAAUUUAAAUGGUCCUUUUAAUAGUUUUAUAGCGUCAAGAGGUGUUGUGCCUAUGUAUAUCAGUGUUUCACAGAGGCUUCCGUUUUUUGAUAACACUUUGGAUAUAGUUCACUCGAUGCAUGUAUUGAGUAAUUGGAUUCCAACUACUUUGUUACAUUUUUUGUUUUUUGAUAUUUAUAGGGUUUUAAGGCCUGGUGGGUUGUUUUGGCUUGAUCAUUUCUUUUGUGUAGGGGAGGAACUUGAAGGGGUUUAUGUGCCACUUUUGGAAAGUGUAGGGUUUAAUAAAGUGAAGUGGGUGGUUGGGAAGAAGUUGGAUAGAGGGCCUGAGUUAAACGAGAUGUAUCUUUCGGCUUUGCUAGAAAAGCCAUUAUUUUAACUCUUGGUAGUUGUUUUUUUUGUUUUAUAAUUUGAGAUGUGAAAUAUAAGGGUUGAUUGUUGUACGUGGAAGUACAUGGGAUGGGAUAUAACGUUUUUCUGGAAAGUGUAAGGAGAAUAUCAUUGUUUUCUUUUAAACUACAAGGGUUGUACUAGACUUGAUGAAUACUUAGAGGUAUUUUGUGAGAAUAAUAUUCAUGACCCAUUAGAGAGAGCGAAAGAGGAUUUCUUAUAGUUGAAAAUGUAAAAAUAAAGAUUAUUUCUAGAAUUUUAGAUUUAUAAACGUCCGGCCUAUGGGCCAAAAAUGGGCCCAAAUAUCAGCCCAACAAGGCAAAAUCGCAGCUGGAGAGUCCCAAAUUUCAGGUGAGGCUAAUGGCCAGCAAUUUGGAUGAAUAUC